AUCGCGUUUGUCAAACAGCUGAUUACGAUAGUGACAAUAAAUGAUAACUGCGAAUUGAAUUCAUAUCUUUGAAAUUUCCUAAACAAUUAUUGCAAAUUAAUUUCAAUAAUGGAAUAGACAAACCAUAUACGAUUAUCUAUUAAAAAUACUUGUACACUUUCAAUAUCAAUAAGAAAAAAUUAUCUCACUAGAAACUUAUGUUUAAAUCUGAUAAGGUUGUAAAGGAUGCAAACGUAAUCUCCGUUAUAAUAAGUUAACCUUUGGCUUCGUUUUACUUUCAAUGAUACGACGAGUAUAGUUUUCUAUUUUUUUGCUACAAAAGUGAAUUACCCUAUAAAAUGGUUUUGUCAAAGCCAAUUCUAAAUGCUUUAAGUUUUUAUUUUGGACAGUUAUUUGAGCAUCCCUUGAGAACAAAAGCCAUUACCUGUUCGGUAAUAGCCACUGCAGGUAAUUAUGCUUCUCAAAAGCUAUCAGGAGACAAGACAUUAAACCAUCACAGCUUAUUAGCCUAUGGCUUAUAUGGAUUAAUUUUUGGUGGAACAAUUCCUCACUACUUUUAUAAUAUCCUAGAACGAACUAUAUCUGAAGAAGCUUCCUUUGCUGUAAUUAAAAAACUUCUAAUAGAGAGACUGGUCUAUUCUCCCUUGUAUCAAGCUUUCACAUUAUAUGUUUUAGCCAGAUUAGAAGGAAAAGAUCAUAAAACAGCAAUGCAUCAAUUACAGGACUUGUAUUGGUUGGUUCUUAGCAGUAGUUGGAAAUAUUUAACAAUUAUUCAUUUGAUAAAUCUCAGCUUUGUGCCACCUGUGAUGAGAGUGUUUAUCACGAAUAUAAUGGGAUUUUUCUGGACAAUAUAUCUAGCAAAUAAAAGAAGACAACAACAAAUGAAAAGCAAAAAAUGAAAAGAUAUAAAAAUCUUGUUGAUGUUCUUAUGGGUUUUUGGUUAUAUUUGUACUAUUUUGUUUCUUAAUUUUCCAAUUUUAUACUAAGUGUACCUAGGGUAAUAAAAAGCUACUUAUUGAUUUUGUAUUUUCAUAUUUUUCG